GCCCGCGCCAUGGAACCUGAACCAGUGGAGGAAUGUGUUCAGAGCACGUUAGCUGCCUUGUACCCCCCAUUCGAGGCCACUGCUCCCACCCUACUGAGCCAGGUCUUCGAGGUGCUGGAGCGGACGUACCAGCACGACGCCUUGCGCUACACCCUCGACUUCCUCGUUCCUGCCAAGCACAUUCUGGCUCGUGUCCAGAGUGAAGCCUGUGCCCAAUACAGCGGCUUUGUCUUUUGCCACGAGGGUUGGCCGCUGUGUCUUCGGGAGAAGAUUCUAGUGCAGCUGGGAUCAUUGCCUUGGCAACGCCUCUGCCCCGGUGAUUUCUACCUGCAAGUGGUGCCUCACCGUGAGUGUGCACCACGCCUAGUCCUGAAGUGCCUAUCUCUGGAGGGCCGUGGUGUUCAGGAGCUGCCGGUGCCCCCAGACUCCUUCCCAUUCCUUUUCACUGUAGAGUGGCUCAACGGCAUCAACAAGGAACGCCGAGCUGGACGCCUGGAGCGUUGCCUGCUGGCAGAAGGAGAGAAGGUGCUGAGCCUGCCCUGGCCUGAGCUGGUCUACCCCCAGUUUGUGCACAAGGACGGGUUCAUUGUGGGGCAGCGCUGUCCUGCAGAUUUGGCUCCCGAGGUGCUGGGGGCACGGAGUCCAGGGGACGGGCACCAUUCUGGUGGGGAGAACCGGGAGUCUGAGGGAGAAUACGUUCACCUUCUGGAAGUCAGUCCCACCCUGCACCAGGGGCCAAGGAUUUUAGAGCCUUGUGGUGCUCAGAUCCAUACAAUGCCUGCCCGCAAGGGACACCACAAGAACCGAAGCCGGCGUCACCGGGCCUGGCUCCACCACAAGUCUGGGUGUGGGGAAAACUUUGCCUUGCGUAAGGCUUGCAAAAACCUAGAGCCUGAGCACUCUAGUCAAGAGAGGAGUGCCCAGGGGGACAGAACUGAACCACAUAGAAUUAACCCUAUCCGGGCCUUGGACCAAAUGUCAAAGCCCUUCCAGGUGGUGGAGAGCCCAAGUUCCAGGCAACCAGUUCAAAACCAGGAGCCCUCUGGGGCUGAAGCACGACCGAAUGUUUCUGGUGCAGCCACAGUUGAGGACAGUGGGCUAGAAAAAACAGAGCUGCUGGAGUCUGUAAACCGAGAUCCCACUCUUUCCAGGGAGGUCAGCAAUGAAAACCCGUUUCCUGCUUCUGUGACACCAAAACGUGCUGCCAAGGGAAACCGAAGGAAAAAGAAAGGUGCAGGGAGAGGUGCAGGGGGCCGAAUCAGGCUGGGGGGUGACUCUGCCAACCAAGAAGCAGGAGCUCUUACUGAUCUCAAAGACCCAGAAAAAGAAGGGAUCUGCAUUGGUACAGGAAAAGAGGAUUCUGGGAAGGGAGAACAAAGCGUUUCUAAUAGCAAACAAGCUGUCAGCACCGAAGAAUAUUGUGUGGGCACUGCAGAUUGUAAUGGCAUCCAAGAGAUAAGGGACGUUGAAGGAGAUGGGACCCCUGGUGCUGAGGAGGAGGGUGCCAGCAUUGGAGAGCUGGCUGCUGGUGCUGGAAAGUAUGGUGUUGGCAUCAGAGAGCCAGAGGACAGUGUAGAAAAAUGUUCUGUUGGCAUAGAAGACAGAACUAUUGGCACCAGAGAAAGAAGCAUUGGCAGAGAAGGGCCAGACCUGGAUGCCAAAGACCAGACUGCUGCAAUUGAUGAUGGGGAAGAAAUCACAGGCAUGGGAGAGCAGAGUGUCAUGGAACAAGGGGCUGGUACAGAAGGGCAUUGCAUGGGAGACAAGAGCCUCACCGUUGACGUGGAAGAAACCCUGUUGACUGAGUUGCCAGGGGAGGAAGAGCCAAGUGUUGAAGGGCAAAAGGAAACUCCAAAUGUUGCAGCGGAACAGGCAGUGAAGGAAAUACAGACCACCCAUUUACCUGCUCCGUUUCCUCUCCAGCAAGCUGUAGACUGGGACCUUUUGUCAUCAGGUGUCUUUGUGCUAACAGGAGGAACGGACAGGGCUGGACGGUCUUUGGUGACUGUGGUGCCUCAGCCUGUUCGAGAUGGGCUGCCCCCAGGACAAGAAGUUCUGGUCAACACCCUGAGUUACCUGCACUCACUUCUCAGGAAAGAGCAGAAGGACUUGGGGAUGACUGUGCUCUUGGACCUCAGCCAGGUGGACGACUGGGCCCUCCAGGCGCCUGUGCUGUUACCGGCCUUGAGGACAUUCCAGGAGGCUUCGCCACCACCCCUGAGUCAGCUGCUGGUGAUCUUACCCACCGAUGACCGUUUUGUACCCCAUGAGGAGGAGUUGGCCUUGGAUCCUGCUGUGGAGGUGGUGGUUCUUUCUCUUCCUGAGCUGCCACGUUAUGUGGCCCUAGACCAGCUGACUCCUGCACUAGGUGGGGCCUUGCACCAUUCGCCACGCAAGUGGGUGGGGGCACGCCAGGCUCUUGAGCAACUGCAGACACUCUGCUGUAGUGUCCUAAAAGCUGUGCGUGAAGCCAACACCCACCUCCAGGCAGUGGGAACAGCAGCGAGUCAGGAGGAACCAUUGGCACAAAUUGCCUCACACCAAGAGACAAUGCAGAAACUGCUGUUGGAGACCCAGCUCCUGGAGCUCCAGCGCCGUGGAGGGGCCUUGCUGGCACAGCUGCCUGCACUGGGGCCACACAGCACAGAGACCGUGGCUGUCACGAAGCUCUAUCAAGAGGUGGAUGAGGCCCUUCACAGUCUGGUCCAGCUCAGCAACCAACGCCUGGAGGUGUUGCAGAAAGAAUGGGAAAACACACAGGCUCAGCAGCAAACCAUGGGAGAAAAGAGGAGUCUAGAAGUGACUGGUGACAACAUAGAAGUGAGGAGGCCAGUUGAAAGGAUGGCUGAGGGAGCAUCCCUGGAGAGAACUCUGCUGCUGAGCCCCAAGUUCCAAGGGAAGAUGUCAGCUGUGCCAGAAGCCUCCCCUGCCCCACGGCCCCGCGCCUGCAGCAUCAACACCUCCUCCUCUCCGAAGCAUGGCUGGGGCCUGAGUGGCAGGUUUGGCUCCUCUUGCAGCCUGACCUCUCUCUUCCAGCCACACUCCAGCCCCAAGGCCUCCCCCUGCUGUUCCCCUACUCGAAGCAAUCCUACGGACAGUGGCAAGAAGAAAGGGGGUUCUCCUGCCAGCCCUCACAUGCUGAUGUCUCCUGCCUCUCCCCUGGCGUUGCGAGCCUUGAGUGACCCAGGCCGCCCCAGCGUGCACAUCCGUGGCCUGGAGGUCAGCAGCCGUGAACUGGCGGAUAGGAGUUGCUCACCUCGUGAGCAUGUGCUGUUAAGUCGCAGUGGGACCCACGUUGCUGAAGCCCCCUGGGGGGCCACGCCCCGCAUGGAAAGAAGGCGCUGCCUUGGGGUCCAGCAGCAACUUCUGGCAGAGAUGCUAGAGUGUGAGAGGGAAUAUGCCAGCGCCCUGGCCCAACCUGUGUCUCUGGUCAAAGAACCUGGUGGGCAGGCCUUGCCCGCUGAACUGAGGUGCCUGGGAAGCGCUCUGCGGGCCACGCGGGACCGGCUGGCAGCCUUCCAUAGCAGCAGCCUUCUUGGCGAGCUGGAGGGAUGCAUGAGCCACCCACCACGCGUCGGGGGCUGUUUCCUGCGUUAUGGGGAGAAGUUUCAACUCUAUGCCAUUUAUGCCAAAGAUCACCACAAGUUCCAGGCCGCCCUGGCUUCACUUCGAACCACCAGCAAGAAGGGGCCAAUAGAGCUGCGCGAGCAUGGGCAAAUGGCACGCGCCUUGCGCGAGCCCUUGGAACAGCUGGAGCGGUACCAGCGCUUCUUGGGUGAGCUGCUGCGUGAGUGUGACCUCAAACCGGGGCCUGACCGCCAAGCCCUGCAGGAGGCCCAGCAACUGCUGGAGGCCCAGGAGCAGCGAGGCAGGGACCUGCUGGCUGCUGAGCAGAUCCGGGGCUGCGAGAUGAAGCUGUCUGAACAAGGGCCACUGCUGCAGCGUGGUGAGCUCACUUUGGUGUCCGGGCGCCGCAAGUGCCAGCGACACGUCUUCCUCUUCGAACAGCUGCUUCUCUUUACCAAGUGCAAGGGCGCUGAGGGCGGCUACAUCUGCAAACAGGCCUUGCAGACAGCAUCUAUGGGUCUCACAGAGAGUGUGGGACCUAGUGGUCUACGCUUUGAGCUGUGGUUUGGACGGGGACCAGCCCGACAGGCCUACACGCUGCAGGCAGCCUCUGCUGAGGUCAAGCACCAAUGGACAAAUGUUAUAGCCCAGCUGCUGUGGAGACAAGCUGCCCAACCAGCGAUCUCAAUGUCCAUAUCCUCCUGCCCAGCCCAGCAUUUGGCCCCCCUCGGCCUUGGUCCUGGACCUCCUUCUGGGCUAUCAUUGCCUGGUCACGUUGAGGAAGAGGAAUGGGACCUGGAUGUCAAGCCUAUCCCAAGGGGUGAGUCGGAUUCAGAAGGAGCCUCUCCAAGCCACCGAGAACCAUCUGGCCUAGCAAGAUCAUUGCCCGGGAGUAGCUCUGCUGUGGGGCAUCACCAGUCGCGCUGGGUGUGGAGCCUGCAUCGGAAGCUCUUCUCCCCGGUUAGCCACGGACGGCAGGAUUCAGUCCCCAGAGGCUCUGGGAAUAGGACAGUCUGAGCCUCACAGUACCUUGAGCGGGGGGAAAUGCACAGGUGCUCGUGUCCAUGACGUUCUCCCACCAAGUCAUCUGAAGACUCUCCCAUGCUCCUUUAUCUGCUGCCAUCCCACAGGAAAACCCAGCCUCCUCCUCCUGAGCUCAAGUUUGGGAGGGUUCUGUCCUGCCUCAGAGCAAUCCAUCCAGUGCCUUUUCCGCCAUUUUUUUUUUAGAAUUGUUGGAGAUUAUUGGCCUGGCCUGCUGGUGAGAAAAACAGGACAGUCUGAGCCUCACAGUACCUUGAGCGGGGCCAAACCAAAGAACUCUGUGUUGACUGUAGACAUGAUAAAAUGGAGGAAUGAACUUUCGAGGGUCAGACCCCAUGAAUUGGGGCUUAUGCCCAGAGGGUAUUGAAUGCUUCUUUACCUAAUGUCCAGUCCCAGCUUCUGUCUAGGUCGAUUGGUCUUUUGCUCAGUUGGAUGGGGGAGGAAGAGAAGAAUCUGGAUUACAGUUGCUGGGCAAACUACAGGAUGCACUCCUUGAACCACAUCCAGGUUCACUCAAGAUGAAGAAAAAAAGACGACCGUUUGGGCUGCAGGAUGGAUGAGACGAACAGAUUGUUACGGCACAUGAAUUUCCCACCCCUGUUCCAAGAAUUAACUCAGAGGUAGCCCAGGGAAACUGCAGAGCCACCUAAGUUAAAGGAAUGAUGCAGCAAAAUUUAUGGUGCUGAGUUUUUCAAGGGAGCAGCUGUUAAUUUCUGACACCAACGAUUA